AUGGCUAAUCCAAACUUUGUACAGAUGUUGUCCGGUAUGGAUACACGUAUUGGUCGUCUGGAGAAACAACUUGAAGUGGCAUUGAAUUCUAUAUAUACACUUGUACAGCUUACUACUGGCAUGAACAACAACGUUACUCGUUUUCGGGAAGAUGCUGUUGAUCAGCUGAAGAGCAUUCGUGCCCAUUUAGAUUCCGUUUCCGUAUAG